UGUGUUUUCGUUGAGAAAAGGCUAAAAUAAAGCCAUAUUGAGGACUUGUUAGUCCUCGCUCAAAUCAUGGCUUUCAAAAUGGAAUGCAGCCAGCUAAAGAUAGCUGAGAAGCUUGUAAUCUUGAACGAUCGAGCUGUUGGCAUGUUGACCAGGAUUUACAAUAUCAAGAAAGCGUGUGCAGAUUCCAAAUCAAAGCCAGCCUUUCUCAAUGAUAAGCACAUGGAAAAUGCUAUCAAACAUGUUGCACGAAAAUUUCCGGUUGUGGACGCUAGAGUGAACACAUCAACUUUUCACUAUGUCGACACAAUGAAAGAAGACAUAAUAAAAUCGUUGGGUCUCUAUUAUUACACAUUUGCUGAUCUGAUGGAACUAAAGGACAACAUAUUGCAACUUCUCACUACUAUGGAUGCAUGUCAAUGCCAACUUGACAUCUCGUUGAACUAUGAAUUAACGGCUGGUUAUCUCAACUUGGUUGUGAAUCUAAUAUGUUUGAUGAUCCUUCUCUCUCGAGUCGAUGACCGCAAAGUUGUGCUAGGACUUUUCAAUGCUGCCUACGACCUGGUACAUGGGCAAAGUGAAUCCUCUUUCCCUCGAUUAGGCCAAAUGAUCUUGGAUUAUGAACAUCCUCUGAGGAAAUUGAGUGAAGAUCUGGGACCUCUCAAUCGUUUGGUCACUGCAGCACUUUGCUCAUUGUCACCAGUCUACAUGCGGCGCAAUAUCACUGCCAAUACUUGGAGAAACGCACAAAUCCUAUCUCUCACGGCUAAUCCACAGCAGAUUUUGUAUGCUGCUCAGACAGAUACGAUCGCUUGUGAGUAUCUGUCAUUGGAUGUGAUGGAUCGCUGGAUUGUUUUAUGUACUACUGUUUGUCACUCUGCCAUGUUGAACGACAAGACGAUUUUCCAUUUAUGGCAAAUGUCUUUGCAAAUGGGAGUGUGUAUAAGAUUAUUUAGAGAUGAGGUGCUUUGGCUUCUUCGGCAUCUGAGCGAGUGGCCAUCGUCUAGUAAGAAGGGGAGCAAGCAAUGCGAUGAAUUGGUUGAUCGUCAGUUGCCUGAGCUUCUUUAUCACAUGCUGGAACUACGCCAGCUAGUGGUCAAGUAUAGUGACGUGAUUCAGCGGUACUAUCUCAAAUACGUCAAUGGCUAUGAUGCUAUUAUGACUCGUGAGUUAGUCUCCACUCUCGGUGAUCUGAGUGACGAUGAAGCCACCAUUCUCUCCGAUUUUGCAUCUUCCAUCUCCUCAAUAAACUCUGAUACUGAUCUGAGGGCACUACGCUUAGACUGGUUCAGGUUUCAGGCGAGAACAAGUAUGGCAAGGUCACCCUUCUUACUUAUCAAAAAUCGGAAGCUGGCAGUGAUCAUGAAUACCAAUGUUUUCCACUUGAAAAUGAUUGACCUGCAAGACGAGAUGCUCAAAGAGACUAGUGAUUUGAGUGUUUACUGUUUCUACAUCAAGACCUUAGAAAGACAGUGGAAAAGCUGUUUGACUCUUCCAUCACAGUCUCGCUUCGCGCUAUGCUUUGCGAGAAUUUGCGGACACUUUAGCUCAGCCCUCCAUGAUAUGUGCCCAGAGGAGAAAAACCACAUACUUGAAAAGUCCUUAGCAUUAUGUAACUCUAUUUUGGACGAUGUGUGCCAGUCGAUAACUGACGUGGUGGGAGCAUUAUGCGAAUAUGAGUUACGUCUUGCAGAACAGACAUCUCCAAGCACGAUAGCUGCGCAGAUUGUCUCUCAGAUGCUCCGCACUAAAGGCGGAAAAAGUGCAGCUGCAGCACAGAAAGAUCCUGCUCCCGCUGGAGACGAGAGCUACCGUGUCGACCGACAAACACUUACUUAUCCUGACAAAUUGCAGACAACACUCAUCGAACUCUGCGCCGGCAUCGGCCAAUAUCGCCAGCUUUUCAUAUCUGAGCACUUCUUUGCUCCCCGUGAAUAUCUGAGCCAACACAUUGAACACAAAUUUGUCGAUCUCAUACUAGCGAUGGCUGUGGAUCCAUCUUCUCCCUCAACUCCUAGACGACCUUCUGACCUGUUGAUGAUAAUUCAGUCGUAUAUGACUGUGCUACAGAACAUUGACGCCUGCGUACCCCUUGAUAUUACCCGGUUGUUCAACAAUGUGCUACUGCAGCAAACUCAGCCUCUUGACUCGCGCAAUAAGGAGACCAUGACCUACAUCUAUACCAAAUGGUAUUUGGAAGUAGUUUUACGACGUGCGUCUGCAGGUCAUAUGUUGUGGAGUGAGCAUUUACAGGCCAUGAUUUCCAGCGGAGAAGGAAUCGAGUUUGCUCCUGAACAAUAUACAGAUCCUCGAGAAUUGCGAUGUUUGGCUCAGAUAAUCGGUCCAUACGGAGUAAAAUAUCUGGCUGAAAGGCUUACGUGGCAUGUUGCAAGUCAAAUAGGAGAGCUGAACAAGAUUGUCCUUGCCAAUAGGGAUGUUUUGCAUACAGCUAGAACUAAUUUUGACUGUAAUGAUCGCAUGAAAGAAGUGAUGCAAGUCUUGUCACAUGAACCUAAGGAAAAGAAGGGGGCAACGAGUUCGCCUGCUGAUGCGAUUUUGCAACGAACAUCCAUAAUUGGGCAGAUAUUCAGCUUUAGAGAUGCUCUGCAUGUCGCUUUGGAACAGGUUUUACUGCAUAGGUUACCAUUUCUCACUUCGUCAUUUGCAAACUUAUAUGCUAGCAUGGAUGAUGCUGGAAAGGCAGCUUUGGGCGAACUGGGAGCUGCGAUGGGUAUCGAAGGACCUAUCGACAUCGCGUUGUCCAAUGCUGUUCGUGCGCAGAGUAUGCAGUUAAAUCCUGACGAGCACUAUCAAAUAAGUUGUCUGCUGUUGGUGGCUAUAGCAGUUAGCAUCCCGAGGUUGGCAAUGGUAGAAUCCGCAACAUAUAAGCCAAGUUUACGAGCAAGUCUGAAUAAUACUCAUUGCAUUCCCUUGGCCGUCAACACAAUGGCUGGGGCGUUAUUCCAUCAUCAUGGAAGGGGAGACAUACAUUUACGCAUGAAAGAGUUCUUGGCGCUUGCAUCGAGUAGCAUUCUGCGAGCAGCACAAGAAAUGGAUGGCCGUUUCGAUACCACAAAUAACCAGUCAGCCCUCUACAUCAUGCUUGAACAGCUUGUAAACAAAUGCAGAUGGCUGUCUAUGGACGUACUUGAAGCAUGUUUCCCAUAUAACCUUGUACGGACAGCAUACCAACAUUGUUAUCAACAAGAAGCUGAUGCAUUCCAAUGAGGCCUUUUUUCUUAGCGCAAUUAUGUUGUAAAUAUCGCUCACCUCAUCUGAAAUCACUUGCUUACUCAGCAUUUUCCCGUUUCUAACUCUCUUUUGUUAUUUUUCUAAGCAUAAUGAGAGAAUGAGUGUUGAGCACUUUUGCUGUCAUGUUAUGCUCUAGCUGAUCUAGUCAACUUUUUUACUGCUUGGUCUUAAUGAUUAGCGGAUCUUUCGUUGUCAUUUUUUAUCCUCAUAUGAAUCUGUUUGUAUACGCUUCUCUAUGGGUAUAAUGUCAAAUUUUGUGCAUACAUCAAGUAAUAAAUCAUCACAUA